UACCAGUAAAGCGGCGCUGCUUCCGCCUUUCCAGCGUCUUCCCUGAAUUCUUGCAAUGUCCUCUUCCAGCAAGAGGAAAAGCAAGAAACGGCCUCCUUCGGAAAAGGACUCGGCUCUCGACGAACGAGAUGCAGCCCAAGAAGCCCUCGGUUGGCAGAGUUUGUCGGUUGCAGACUUUUUGGACAAGGAUGAUGACAAAGUCCCCAAAAUAUACAGAGGAUCUUUUGUGCAAUUGGCACUCAACACCAUGAAGCUGGCAAAUAUUUGCAUAGGGCGUCCAGUGCUGCUUACCAAUACAAACGGAAAACAAGAGGUUUGCACAGCAUGGCCUGUUGCAGGCUUCCCUGGUAAAAAAAUUGGCUUAAGUGCAAUUACACAGAAGAACCUGAAAGUGGUACCCGGUGAUACGAUCAUGAUCCAGCCUGUGACUGGUGCUGUACUUCAGGCAGAGGAAGUGGAAGUAAAGCUAGGGGUUAAAGAUGACUGUAUCAGUACUGAAGACUUGUCCAUUAGCCUCUUAAGAAAUUUAGAUGGAAAGAUAGUAUUGCCAGGAAAUUUCCUGCAAAUUACUUUCUAUGGCCGAUCUUGUGAUCUAAAGGUUACAAAGGUGAAAGGAAUGGAUGGUGUGUUGCAGGAAAUGCAGGAUGUUUUAAAGAUACCACAGGAAUUACCGCUGGAGAAUUUGACCAGUAGUCAUUUCAAUAUAUCUAUUGAGUUUGGAAAACUAGUAAUAACAGACAAUGACGUAUCUACCAGUACUCCAUGUAAGCAUGAGGAUCAUAUCAUAUACAUGAAUGAUUCUUUAAAUAGUAUGGGGCAUGAAGCAUUGAGUCCUGAUCCAGCAGCAGAGAUCCUUGAUGGUGAUGAGUCUAACCUUCAUUCUGAAUCAAUCAUAUCACAAGACUGUGAGAAAGGUUUUGCAGGUGAAGGAUUACCUUUGACUGAUAAAACAGGACUGACACAGAAUUGGGAAACAUUUUACUUCAUAUCAUCAAGGACAAGGGUCAGUUUCAUUCAACCACAAGUCAAAAAGACAGAAGAGUACAAUCUUGAACCAAAAGCUACUUAUGAUUCAAUAGGUGGACUCAGUAACCAGCUGAAAACUAUAAAAGAAAUGAUUGAGCUUCCUUUGAAGCAGCCUGAUCUAUUUAGAAAAUAUGGAAUCCCACCUCCAAGAGGAGUGCUAUUAUAUGGCCCUCCAGGUACAGGAAAAACGUUGCUAGCCAGAGCAAUUGCAAAUGAAGUUGAAGCUCACUUCUGUACAGUUAAUGGCCCAGAAAUAAUAAGCAAAUUUUAUGGAGAAAGUGAAGCCAGGCUACGACAAAUAUUUUCUGAAGCCUCUUUACGUUGUAUAUUCCAAGGAACAUGUUAUUUCUCAUUUUUAUUAAGACGACCGUCCAUUAUAUUUAUUGAUGAAAUUGAUGCGCUCUGUCCAAAGAGACAAGAAUCCCAGAACGAAGUUGAAAAAAGAAUUGUAGCUUCAUUGUUAACAUUGAUGGAUGGCAUUGGAUCAGAAGAUAAUGAGGGGCAGCUCUUAGUUCUUGGAGCUACCAAUCGCCCUCAUGCACUAGAUUCAGCCCUGCGCAGACCGGGACGUUUUGAUAAAGAGAUAGAAAUUGGAGUUCCCAAUUCUCAAGAUCGACUAGACAUCUUAAGGAAGCUUCUCAGUAAGACUCCUCACUCAUUGUCAACAACAGAUUUGGCUCAACUGGCAGACAGUGCCCAUGGAUAUGUAGGAGCUGACCUAGCAGCACUGUGCAAGGAAGCAGGAAUGCAUGCUUUGCGGAGAAUACUUCAUAAGAAAGAGACUCUCCUGGAUGAUGACGUGUCUGUAUCUGUAAUUAUUAAUCACAGUGAUUUCCUGCAGGCAAUGAAUGAUGUCAGGCCCAGUGCCAUGAGAGAGGUGACAAUUGAUGUACCCAAAAUAUCCUGGUCAGACAUAGGAGGGCUGGAAGAUGUUAAACUGAAAUUGAAGCAAGCUGUUGAAUGGCCACUGAAGCAUCCUGACUCUUUCAUUCGAAUGGGCAUUCAGCCCCCAAAAGGAGUACUCCUAUAUGGACCACCAGGAUGUUCUAAAACCAUGAUUGCCAAGGCCUUGGCUCAUGAAAGUGGUGUAAACUUCUUGGCCGUAAAGGGACCUGAAUUGUUGAACAAAUAUGUUGGGGAAUCUGAACGUGCAGUCAGAGAGAUAUUUAGAAAAGCCAGAGCUGUUUCACCAUCCAUAUUAUUUUUUGAUGAACUAGAUGCCUUGGCUGUAGAACGGGGGAGAUUAACAGUUUAUGCAGAGCUCAAACAUCUGAACACACAUGUUGCUGACGCAGUUCUGAAGCAGCUGGUGGAGAAAUCUCCUGUUAUAAAUGUCUGUCUGUCUGCAUUUUAUAGGAUAUCCUGUUAAGCCAUAAAGGCUUGUUUACUUGUAAGAGUCAUGCUAAAUAUGGUGUGUAAUCUGACAGCUGACUUCCAUGCCUAAAUGGAAUCACGACAGCUUAGAACAAUAUAAAGAAAUUUACUUUGAUUUCAGUAAAAGUAGUAGCCUUACAAAGCCAAGGAGGCAAAGUUAAUGAAACACUACCUAGAAUAUAAUUAAAAUCAUGCAUGUAACAUAGCAUUUUAGGAUCUUGACCCAUGUACAAGAAAAAAUAAAUUAUUUUUAUUUUACUUAGUCUAAAUUUUCAUGGAUUUUUCUAUAAUCUUUGUUAAUUUGGCUCCAGUUGAGAAUUUUGACAUGUAUAAGUAUCUGAAUACUAAAUUCUAUGACUCUGUAUUUGUCUUUUUGCUCUUUUUCCCGCAUCCACCUGUUCAAAAUUUUCAGCUCCACUUAACAGUUGUUCAAGAGAGCUUUUGGAGGGAAUCAUUCCCAGAAUUCUUCUAGACUCUUUUUUUAGUUUUUUGUUUUUGCAUCAGAUUAUCCAUGUAAAUAGUGCCAACUGGGAAAAUAAGGGAACCAUUCAGCUUUGGAGUUGAUUACUUAAUUCCUCAUUUCAUAAGUGUGUUAAACAUGUAUGGCAUUUGAAAACCAGACACAUAUACCCCACUGAGCUUACUUUGGAAUAAUGAGUUUAAGAAUAUUUUUUGAUAGAAUUGCAUUUUAAGAUUAAUGAAUAUUUAUAUUAGUAUUAACGGUAAUCUACCACAGGCCCUAUCUAGAUCAAUGUGCAAUUGUAAUAG